GGAGCUAAAGAUUGGCCGUCAGCUGCCGUUGUGUGACUACCGGAGCAGCGCUACGUAACAGCACCGGGACACUUUUGGUUUCUUUUUUUUUUUUUCUUCUUCUUCUUCUCAGGUUUAGGGUUUGGUCGCAGCUCGUUGGAACAGUAAGAGUAGGCGACACAGGGUUGGGACCAAGUUUAUUCAGUCGGAUCUAAUUUAUUUUUCAUUUCUUUGUGAGCGUGUUGCGCUCUUUGUUGAAACCAUGAUGUGGUUGCUCUUCAGCUGCUUGCUGGCGUGCACAGGAAAGCUUGUGAGCGGCUCCUGUCCACUGUUAGAAAUGAGCCCUCCUAGAGUUGUGGUGAGAUUUGGAGACUCUUUAUCAGCCAACUGCACUUCAUCAUCUCACCAGACAGAGGGAAUGGGCUGGGAGUCUCCAUAUGGAGGAGUGGACCUUACCCCGGGUGUCUCUUCUCUUCCCUUUAAAAUGAACUCUGUGCCAGACUGGGUGAUAGAACCAAUGUGUUAUGUGAAUCUCCUUGAUGGUGAGCAGUGUGUAAAAACGUUACCAGUGACUGUUUACAAAAUGCCAGACAGUGUGUCUUUGAAGCAUUUCAAUAGCAUGGUGGAAGGCCAACAGUAUUCCAUACAGUGUGACAUUGUUAAUGUGGCACCAGCAAGAAAUCUCUAUGUGCUUUGGCACAAAGGAAAUAAGGUCUUGCUUUCUCAGAAUUUUGAUGAGUCUCGUCCAUCUCCGGUCAAUAAGUCAUCUGUCUUCAAUGUGACUGCUCAUAGAGACAAUGAUGGAACUGAGAUCUGGUGUGAAGCAAAGCUAAACUUGUGGCCAGAAAAACAAGGUCCUCCCAUGAUGAGUUCAGAGCCACAUAAAGUGACUGUACUCUACCCACCGACCUUCUUCGAGCCUGCAAAUAAGACUCUGGAAUUUUCACGUGGUAAAAAUAUGACUUUAAACUGCACAGCAAGAGGAAAUCCUCUGCCAUCGUACCGCUGGCAAUUCCCAAACUUCACAAAAGUGUGGCUCAAGAGUCAAGAUGAGAAUCGACCCAUUUUGUCCCGACCAUUUGAGCUUCCAGGGGUCUAUACCUGCACAGCCUCAAACAGUCAGGCCACAGUGACCAAAUAUUUCACUGUCAGCGAAGCUCCAAGGGAUCGAACAACAUUUGGAGUCAUAGUGGGAGUGUGUGUGACCCUUGGAGUCCUGCUCUUCAUUGCUGGUGUAUAUUUUGUGACACCUAAUGGUACAUUCUCUUGCAACAAAGGCGGCUAUCAGCGAGGAACUCCCUCAGGGCCAGUAUAAGGCAGACUUUUUUAAAAUUCAAAUUUGAAUGGCUAUUAUUUUUUUAAUUAUCUUGUUUGGUGCUUGGAGAAAAAUUCAGUCACAUAUCUCUUGAUGGUUGAGGGACAUGUCUGCUCUGCAUGCUCAGUGGGUAUUCUGCUCAUGUGUCAAAGCUGUUGCUUUAAAAAAAAAAAUGCAUUAUCUCAUCAUCUUUCUCUAAAACUCAACUAACCAAGAUUGCUCUCCUAACCAUCAUUUACAGUACAGUGUGUUUAAAGUGUGUUUAAAUGCACUGCAGUAGCCUUAGGAGUGUAAGAGUGUGGAGAAAUGCAACAGAUAAAAAAAUUAGAUUUCAUCUUUGUUUUAAUACGGAAACAUGACUCACUCCUUCCUGGGAUUUUUUUGGACACCUUUUUUCUCACACGUACUUUCUGUUUCAGUUUUAAUCAAGCUGGAUCAGAUCUUUGUGCAUGUGUGUCAUCCUCCAGUCAAAGAAAUGCUUUCCUUUUUUGACAUCUGUGUCGUGCACAUUUGCACAUGUCAAGAUGGUUACUGGAGUGCAUAUAAACACAUUUAAUGAAUUAAGCAGGUGUUGGACUGGGGGGGGGGGGUUAACACCUCUUCUUCUAGCUCAUUGUUUUGCUUCUAUGGCUUGCUCAUUUACUGUAGUGUUUGGUCUGAGUUGAACAUCAGCAGCAGCAAAGCUUUGUUGAACCCACCAUAUCAUGUCCAUGUGACACAAAAUGAAGACAAAAUUAGCAGCCCGGAGAAGAGCUACACAUUUAUUAGGUCCGCAAUCGUAUGGUGGAGGCUGAAACAGAGCUGGAAGGAGAACGUAUUUUGGACAUAUUUGGAGUAAUACAUUGAUAUGACUUCAUAUGGACAGUAAAGUGGAUUUUUCAGCUUUUUGUGGGGCUCUUUCUGCUUUGGGUGUUUGUCUUGUAAUUAUGGAAGAAAUACUUUGUUUUAUUAUUCGUGUUAUUUUGUCACUGGUACUAUUUAACAACAGUAGUUGCCUCAUUUGAAUUGUGGACCUCCUGCAUUUUUUUUUAAUUCAUCAGGAAAUACAUCAGAGGUUUGCACAUAAUGCCACAUUUUAAAGGCACAAAUAGCCAUUCUGUGUUAUAUUUUUAACUGUUCAUUUUGUUUCUACUCAUUUUUACAUGCUUAGCAGGUACUUCACACCUCCGGUAAUUACUUGAGAGCACUCUGGAUUCUGAAAUGGUGUAUAAUGUUGGUAAUUAUUUUUUUUAGUAUUCGUUUUUGGGAUAUGCAUAAAUUAUUCAUAUAUUGUCUUUUUCAUUUUUUUUUUUUUGUAAAGUUUGAUUUCUGUAAGCACUGGUAAUCCUUUUGGAUUGUCUCAUAAUUUUUGCACUGAAUAGUCUGACAGUUUGUUACAGUAUGUGAUGUGCCAGCUUUUCAUGCUCUACAACAAUUGGUUGUUUUAUUUAGCCUACAGUUUGUCACAGUUUGUCUAAUGUGCUCAUGAAAUGUGUUUAAAAAGUAAAUGUGUGUGUUUAUGAAUGAUGAAUUAAACAAGUGAGAGAGUUGACUCUAAAGAGGCUUCAUUAUGAAGCCCCCCUUUCUGUGACAUCCUUAUGCAGAAUACUGAAUGCCGGGCAAAGUCAAACCAGUGUCUCCCUGCUUCUUUUUGGCAAUCCCUUGGAUCUUUCUGGCUCUCUCUACAUUUUACAGUGUUCAGUCUGCCAUACUAAUUAGUUCGCAACAAAGUGAACGUAAAGAAGAGAAUUUGUGAUCCAGCCUAGUGUUGCCGGUAAAACCUUAUUUCUUAUGAAACCAUGUACUUUCUCUGUCAUCCCCACUAAAGCUUGUACCAGAAAAUGCUGUGUUUGUGUAUACUCUGUGUUACCCUAACAACCGGGCAGAGCUGCUACUGCUCAAUUAGUCAUGGUUUUUCAAAACAAAACGAAACAAAAAAGUUUUUUUUUUUUAUGAGCAAAUAAGUGUGCAAGGUUGAGAGGAAGAGCAUAUUCAAAGUUGCAAGUAAACUGAGCUCAUGCUGUAAUGUAUAAGUUGAGAUUCUCAGCUGUGCUCUCCAUAAAUACACCAUUGAGCAUCUGAUUACUUGCUCUCCUGCGCUGCAUUUGUGGUCAGAGCUGAUAGGCUGUGUAGCAUUCUGGUCACAGUUGGGAGUCUUACAAGCUACGUCCUGCACAAGACCAGAGUUGCUGCCUGCUGGGAUUUCACAAAGCAUGGAGGUCAAAAGCAAUAGGAGGCAAGCAUGCAGGACAAGGGAAAACAAAAGUU